AACUUGGUAUAUUUGCCAUAAUGAAUCUACGGCUUGACGUAAUGUUGUACACAUACACUGAUGGGCUUAGUGUUCUAGACCUUCUCUUGAUACGACAUACUAGGAGGCAAAGUGGCGGGGAAGUCGGCAAUGCUGAAUGCUGAAUGUCUCUUACGUGCAGAUUCGUACGGAACAAUGCCAACAAUGCCUAGGCAACUUCGGAAAUUCCACAAAUCCCACAAAUUCGGGGCAACCUCACGGAUUCGGAAAUUCCAUACGGGCGAGUUACCUAUUCUACCUACUGUUCUACCCAUUAUCUAGGCAAUCUGCUGCCUCCUUUAACCUAAGCUAGGUACAACGCCUAGGCUAUUAACUCAUUUGCCUAGGCAUGUGGGACCUGAUGAAUUUGCUGUUCGGAUAUCUUCGAACUGAAGCUUGUUUCGGGGGUGGAUUCUUUCGUCUAGUCGUGCUUGUUGACGCCCCUAAAACGUCAUCUUUUUCGUCUUAACUUAUGCGUGCAAAAUUAAAAUGCGUACUUAGAUAUGUAAUAGGAGAUAUAAGAGUGGGAUAUCCGUCGAAAAAGGAAAAGAAAAAAGAAAGAAAGAAAAUGAUUGCGCAAGCGGAUCUUCCACCCCAUAUACAUGUUACUCGUCGAUAGCAUCCGAUCUUUCACCUUCCCAUCAAAACCAAUUAAGAUCCUCCACAUAGAAGCGACUAGAUUCUUGGACAAUGACUACGAACAAAACACUUAUUUUUAAGAAAGUCCCAACCGGGUUUCCGGUACCGGGCGAACAUCUCGCUGUCGAGGAUCGGCCGAUAGAUCUAGACGCGGAAGCCCCCAAAGGAGGCCUGGUCGUCGAGAUACUCUACGCCUCUUUUGAUCCUUACCUUCGUAGCAAGAUGCGCGAUGCCGGCAUCAAAUCCUACUCGCCGGCCUUUGCUAUUGAUGAUCCGCUGACAAAUCAUACCGUUGCUCGGGUGCUCAAAUCGGACAGCCCGGAGUAUAGAGAAGGGGACACCGUAAUUGCUUUCCUCCCGAUCGCAGAGUAUGCUAGAAUCCCAGACCCCUCGAUGGCAAGCGUCCGCAAGAUUAACAACCCGCACAAUUUGGAUCUCGGCUUGUUUCUCGGCCCGCUAGGGAUGCCUGGUCUGACCGCCUAUGCUGGUUUGCACAAGAUCGGGAAGCCCCAAAAGGGGGAGACGGUAUUUGUCAGUUCGGCCGCUGGUGCUGUUGGACAGGUCGUCGGGCAGGUUGCCAAGCAUGAGGGACUCAGAGUCGUUGGCUCCGUUGGCUCCGACGAGAAGUUGGACUAUAUCACGAAGGAGCUCGGGUUCGACGGUGGUUUUAACUACAAGAAGGAGAGCGCCUUCGACGCGCUUCCCCGCAUUGCGCCGAAUGGAAUCGACAUUUAUUUUGAGAACGUGGGAGGGGAACAGCUUGAAGCUGCCCUCCAUAAUAUGAAUAGCCACGGACGGAUCCCAAUUUCGGGAUAUAACCUCCCUCCUGACCAAAGAUACGGUGUCAAAAGCCUUUACCUGCUUAUCUCGAAGCUCAUAACCAUGCAAGGGUUCCUGGUUGGGCAACCAGAAUUUGGGCGUGCAUACUUCCAAGAGCAUCAACAAAACGUCCAGAAGUGGAUUGUGGAGGGGUCCAUCAAGGCCAAGUUGGACGUCACUGAGGGCAUCGAAAAGGCUGCUGAGGGAUUCGUUAGCAUGCUAAAGGGUGAGAACUUUGGAAAGGCUCUCCUGAAAAUCAAAUAGACGAGUCCGUGGCGGUUGUGGUGUCGUUUGUAGAUGAGUUUACAUGGCCACAUGGGAACUCGGUAGUUGACAUAGCUGUUUGACAAUGGUGGCAGUGGCUUAGCUAUACCAUUCACUUUGGUAUCUGAUAAGCUGAACCUGGUUUUCCCAGGCCGAUUCCCAAUCUAAGUGACAU